AUGACCUUCGAUUUCAGAUGUGUGUCGACGCGAUGUUUGGUCAAUGAACAGGAGGCCAUUGUCAUCCCGCCUCUCGAACUAGAACUUCUAAUCAGAAAAUCUAACCCACAAUGCGAGCGUCUUUGUUCCGUAACGUCAUCAGCAGCAAAUCCUUCUCCACAAGAAGCUUCCGAACCGAUGGAGAGUUACGAAGAACGAGCGAAGAGUUUCUUCGUUUUCGAGCAAGUCGAACCGGAUGUCUUCAGAACAACGAAUUUGAGCACCCUGCGACAAGGUUCGGCCAAAGCUGCAUAUGGUGGCCUUAUUUUUGCACAGGCUUUGGCUGCUGCCGAAAAUACCGUUGAUGAAAAGUUCAAACCUCAUGCGAUGCAUUCCUUUUUCAUACUAAAUGUCGAUACCGCCAUACCAGUUCAAUACCAAGUGCGCCGUGUUCGAGAUGGUCGUUCUUUUUGUACGCGUACGGUAGAGGCUGUACAGGAAGGAAAAGUCGCUUUCAUCCUACAAGUAUCCUUCCACUUGCUUGAAGGCGAUUCUGCAGUGCAUCAGGACACUAUGCCCGACGUGCCAUCAUGGAAGGAGUUGAAAUGCUUGUCAGAUGUUAUUCCUUAUUUGAAAAAUGAGAUAGCCAAAGGAAGACUGAACGUCACCCCUGCUGUGGAGAAACGGAUAAAAUUUUAUGAAAGUCGGGAGGAAGCAAAGGAAUCCGAUCUAUUUGAGACAAGGCCAGCUGACGUUGGAAGUUACGUUGGCCUAGGUGAUGAAGGUCAAUCUAGAACUUUUUAUUCCUGGUUCAAAUCACUUGGGGACCUUGGUGACUGCGAAAAGUUGCACAGGUAUCUUGUUGCGUUCAAUACAGAUGGAACCAUGGCUGGAACAGCUUUUCGCCCACAUUUUUGCAAUAAUUUCUAUCCCAGUAUGAUUUUUUCGUUAGAUCAUAAUGUCUGGAUGCAUCAACAUAAAAUGCGAGCUGACCAAUGGAUGCUUUUUGAGAACACAUCAACAGUUGCAGGAAGAGGGAGAGGUUUCAUCACGGGUAAACUUUGGAGUGAAGACGGCACUCUUAUCCUAAGUUGUACGCAAGAAAUAGUUUUACGAACUAGAGGAUCUAUUUCUAGGCUCUAGGUUGUCUGUGUAUGUAUUUGUACAUAAAUGUCAGGAUAGUAUAAAUAUGCU